CUCCCCGCCCUCCUCCUUCCCGAGCGAGCAUGGAGAGCCGCGGCGGAGAGGAAGGCUCCCGAGCUCGGGGGCGCCCGCAGGAGACGCGCUAGGCCAGGCAGCCCCAGCGCCCUCCCCAUGUCGGGCGUGCGGAGGCGGCAGGCGGCCGGGGGGGUCUCGUCGUCGGGCAGGCAUGGAGUGGCUCAAGAGGAAGACGCCUGCAGGAACCCCCGGUUUCAUUUCGACUUGUGGUUUUAUUUCACUCUGCAGAACUGGGUGCUGGAUUUUGGGCGCCCCAUUGCCAUGAUUGUGCUUCCGUUGGAAUGGUUUCCCCUGAACAAGCCAAGUGCUGGAGAUUAUUUUCACAUGGCUUACAAUGUCAUAACGCCCUUUAUUCUUCUGAAGCUCAUCGAAAGGUCCCCCAAGACUCUCCCACGGUCCAUGGUGUACAUCUGCAUCAUCACCUUCGUCAUGGGAGCCAGCAUCCACCUGGUGGGGGACUCUGUCAACCACCGGCUGAUCUUCAGCGGCUACCAGCUCCACUUGUCCGUCCGGGAGAACCCCAUCAUCAAAAACCUCAAGCCGGAGACACUGAUUGAUUCAUUUGAACUGCUGUAUUAUUAUGAUGAAUAUCUGGGCCAUUCAAUGUGGUACAUCCCUUUCUUCCUUAUCCUGUGCAUCUAUUUUUCCGGCUGCUUCAUCCCCAUUAAAGAAGAGCAGCAGAGGAUACCUGUGGCUGCUUUACUCCUCAUUGGGCCCAGCAGCCUCUAUUACUGGUACCUUGUCACGGAAGGGCAGAUCUUCAUCCUCUUCAUCUUCACCUUCUUUGCUCUGAUGGCUCUGGUGAUGCACCAGAAGCGGAAAGGCUUGCUCAUGGACAGCAACGGACGCUUCCUUUUCUACUCUUUCAUCAUCACACUGGUGUUGAUCGCCCUGUGGGUCGGCUGGCUCUGGAACGACAAGAUCCUCAGGAAGAAAUACCCCGGCGUCAUCUACAUUCCGGAACCGUGGGCUUUUUACACCUUGCACAUGAGUAACCUGCACUCUGCAAAGGGGGAGAGCAUUUAACUUUGAUUCUUUGGUUGGGGGGGGUGGAGAGAGAGAACUUGAAAAUGCAGCCCUUGGCCCCAGUCUGCUCUGCUGCAAGCACCAUUGAAGAGGGCAUGAUGUGUGCAGUGGAUCAGGCCCACAGUACAGAGCAGGAGAAGUUCCUUUCUCCCCACCACCACCCAAAAAAUUUUCAAUGGCUAAUCCUAAUGUAGCUCAGAUAAAGUCCUGCAUUGUGAUCCUAUGCAGGUUUACAUGGAAACAAGCUCCACUGAGUUCAUUGGGGCCUACUGGCAAAUAAAGCCAGGCCUACUCAGAAAUAAAUGCUGUUGAAUUCAGUGAGGCUUCAUGCCCAUGUAAAUUGGGUUAGGGUUGCAGCCUAUGUCUGUUUAGGAUCACAGCCUUAGUCCGUAAUAAGGGCAUGUGUGGGUUGUACAGAGAAUUAUUUACACCCAUUGGGACCCACCAUUGAACCUGAAAUAUUUGUCUGCUUGAGCUCUAGGUUUCUUCAUCCUUCUGGUUCCUAUGGCUGAUAAAGUAACCUUGUAAACACAUCAGCAGAGUCUGUGAGGAUCUCAGAAACCAGAGAGGAUCAUCUCCAGCAGGCCUCCCAUGGUCAGGGCAGGUUCAGCGCUAUGCAUACCCACUUGUUCCCCAUUUUCCUUCCUGUGUCCUGCAGAAUAAACUAUGCAAAAGAGAAGUGAAUCUGCUUCUUCCGAACAGUCUAGCUUAGUUCUCGCUGCCUUUUUAUUAAACCCCAGGGUUGGGAGAGGCCCACCGAUGUCUGUUUUUGGUUUUGAGAGCAGCUACUGCUGAAAAUCUCAGCGGGAGUUGCUUUUUUGUUCUCUUUAUCUUAAUGGAUUUUGAAAUGCCCUCUGAUCAUUUUGCAAGAGGAAGAAUACUGUUGAUCCCACUGGGGACCCCACUUCUUAAACCACUCCGUAGAGCCCUGCUGGGCUCACCAUCUGAAGCAGCUGGAGGGCACCAGGUUGGGGAAGGCUGUAGAAGAGGCAGGUGUGCGCGCACACACACACAGAGCCAUGUUCAGAACCUCAAGAACGGCCACGGAGGCAUACUGCACCGCUCUGAUCACGCUCUGAUCAGGAAGGCUAAAUUUCUGCCACUUGUCGAAAUGGAUGUUUCCUCCUUGCCGCAUGCCCUCUUUGUUCCACUGUCUGUUGUCCUCUCUAUGCUUUUCCUCCCCUUUGAUACUCAGGUAGAAAAUUUUUAAUUCUAAGGGAGGUGCACGGUUAUUUCUUCAAAACUUUUUAAGGACUUGUUGAGUAGAACUUUCCUUUGUAACCUCAAAUUCCUGGACUGAACCUUCAUUGACUGUUCGCCUUCCAUGACUUUGCCUUGUGUACAUUUAUCCUGAGUGUGAUCCAAACUAAGUGGAUGUAAAAGAGUUUGUUGGCAGAGAAAUAAAAGUUUGCUAAAGUA